AUGGCAGCCAUCAAGGACGAAAACAACGACCAUCUCGUGCAAUCCGAUAAUCCUGAGCAUCCUUCUAACCUAAUUCCGGCUCUCUGCCGUAAUUUCUACAGCCAUGGCUGGGUCACUGGCACUGGAGGCGGGGCAUCCAUCAAACGGGAUAACCACAUUUUCAUUGCUCCUUCUGGUGUCCAGAAGGAAUUGAUCCAACCCCACGACAUCUUCGUCUUGCAAUAUCCCACCCCCAAAUACCCUCCGUCAGCGCGCCAAUAUAUCCGCAAACCAGUCGAACUCAAACCAUCCGCCUGCACGCCCCUCUUCCUGGCUGCUUUCGACCGUGGUGCGGGGUGCUGCAUCCAUACCCAUUCCCAAUGGGCGGUCCUCGUAACCCUCCUUGUCGAGCGUGAGAAGGGACCGGAGGGUUGCUUUGAGAUUAGCAACAUUGAGCAGAUUAAGGGAAUACCUAGAGGCAAGGGAAAAGGCAUGCUGGGGUUCUUUGAUACGUUGAAGAUACCUAUCAUUGAGAAUACGGCGUUUGAAGAGGAUCUGACAUCUAGCCUCGAGGAGGCUAUGGAGAAGUAUCCGGAUACAUAUGCCGUUCUUGUCCGGAGGCAUGGAAUAUAUGUCUGGGGAGAUGAUGUCGCGAAAGCCAAGACGCAAUGCGAGAGCUUAGAUUAUCUCUUCCAGCUGGCGGUCGAAAUGCAUAAGCUUGGCUUGCCCUGGGUGAAAUCGUGAUAUGAUCUGUUAACUAGACCUGCUUCAUGGCCUACAUGCGCCACGGCAAUUUUCUCACGUACAGCGACGUGCAGGGCGGCCUUCACCAGAGUUAAUGAUAUUGAACCUGAUGGAUGAUUUUAUGGCAUCUCUUGCUUUAGGGGAAAACAGGUUUUUGACGAUGGCCGAAUUUCCACUUCUGACGCUUUAGUUGUAAUGGCUGGUUAACUAGAGGUUGUCUUCAACAUAAACCUCUCUAGAUCGGACUGGUUUCGGGUUCAUACAAAGAUUAGAUUAAACUACAAUGAAUUUUAGGACAAGUUCUAACAUC